GCCCCUGCGCUGGUCUCGGUAAGACAACGCACAGCUGAUGUGCACGCAUUUAGUGUACGGACGGAUAGAGAACAGAAUCCUGAUCCACAGGUUACUUUUCCAAAAGGACCAAACGCGCUUCUGUGACACGCGCACCGUGCGUCACAUCUUGCACAUUUCCUCACGGAGCUUUACGCACGGCUCUACAGCGCGCGCGCGCUGACUGCUAAAAUCCUGGUUUAAUGUGUUUAUUCCUGAAUAGCUGGAUCAAGUGUAGAGGGUGCGUGCGUUUUGAUUCCCCUUCACUGUGGGCGCGUACGCGCACACGUCACCACGGGAAGGGCAAAGCCCGUUAAAAACGCGCAGAAUGUGACCGCGGAGUCCAGACGUCACGCCACACAGACAAACAUGACAGUGGUGCCCGCGGAGAACCUGGAUGAGUCCGUGGCACUGGCCGCCCUGUCCGCGCAGGAUGUCUACGAUCCGGAGCGGACCGAGAACCAGGAGUGCUGCGAGCGCGUGGUCAUUAACAUCUCCGGGCUGCGCUUCGAGACGCAGCUGAAGACCCUGGCACAGUUCCCCUCCACCCUGCUGGGGGAUCCAAGGAAGAGGAUGCGCUUUUUUGACCCGCUCAGGAACGAAUACUUCUUCGACAGGAAUCGACCCAGCUUCGAUGCCAUCCUGUACUACUACCAGUCCGGCGGGCGGCUCCGGAGACCCGUCAACGUGCCCGUGGACAUCUUCAUGGAGGAGCUCAAAUUCUAUGAGCUGGGGGAGGAAGUGAUGGCCAGUUUUAAGGAGGACGAGGGCUUCAUCAAGGAGGAGGAGCGCCCGCUGCCCGAGAACGAGUUCCAGCGACAGGUCUGGCUCCUGUUUGAGUACCCGGAAAGUUCUGGACCCGCUAGGGGGAUCGCGAUCGUGUCCGUGCUGGUGAUCCUCAUCUCCAUCGUCAUCUUCUGCAUGGAGACUUUACCAGAGUUCAGAGAGGAAGCGAGAACCCCGGAUGGACCGUCGGCGCUGAAUGGAACCACGCGCGCAAAGACGCCAAACCCGUUCACGGACCCGUUUUUCAUCGUGGAGACUCUGUGCAUAGUCUGGUUCUCCUUCGAGCUGCUGGUUCGGUUCCUGGCGUGUCCAAGCAAAGCCGGGUUCUUCAAGAACAUCAUGAACACCAUCGACAUCGUGGCGAUCAUGCCCUACUUCAUCACGCUGGGUCUGGAGUUGGCGGAGUAUCAGGGGAACGGACAGCAGGCCAUGUCCCUGGCCAUCCUCAGGGUCAUCCGCCUGGUCCGGGUCUUCCGGAUCUUCAAGCUCUCCAGACACUCCAAGGGUCUGCAGAUCCUCGGGAAGACUCUCCAGGCCAGCAUGCGGGAGCUGGGACUCCUCAUCUUCUUCCUCUUCAUCGGAGUCAUCCUCUUCUCCAGCGCGGUCUACUUCGCGGAGACCGACGACCCGCAAUCGGGUUUCAGCAGCAUCCCGGACGCCUUCUGGUGGGCGGUGGUUUCCAUGACGACAGUGGGUUACGGGGACAUGUGUCCGGUCACGAUCGGGGGGAAGAUCGUGGGCUCGCUGUGCGCCAUCGCCGGCGUGCUGACCAUCGCGCUGCCGGUUCCGGUCAUCGUGUCCAACUUCAACUACUUUUAUCACCGCGAGACCGAGCACGAGGAGCAGCUGCAGUACACGCACGUGACCUGCGGCCAGCAGCAGUUCGGACAGUUCAAGAAGAGCGACAGCAGGUCGUCCCUGUCCAAGUCCGAGUUGGUGGACAGCGAGGACUCGGACUUGGUCAAAUACACAAACUGCAGCCCGCAGAAAACCUACAGCGACGUGUGAGCCGCGCGGGCGCACGCGAUGGACACGGCGCACGUGUCGCGCCCUGUCAUCAAAAGGAAUAAUUUUACGUCAUAAAGACCCCUGGAGAGCAACGUCUUCCAAAAACUCAUCA